AUGGCGACGUCGACCGUUGCCCGGAUCGUGGAUGUCCUGUCCGUCCUCCUCCUCUUCUUUACGGCUCUAGCCACGGCUCAAUCAGUCCAGCCAUCAAAUGCCACAUUACCGCCCGCAGAGAGUGGCUCGGCGACCCAGCUGGGCUUGACUGGAGCCCCCGCCCAGAGACAGUCGGCUUUCGAGAUUGUACCGCUCACAGCCGCCGUUGGCAUGGGACAAAAUGCUGCAUCUGUUGCUGCGAUCACUAUCUCUGGAAACCUCAAAUCGGCAGAUCCCACUAACGAGAAUAACAUCACCAGCACUGAUAUUGCGUACAUCAGCUGCGAUACGGGCAAUGAUGGCGGCUUCAUUGAUCCUUCACAAGUAGUAACUGCUGUAGCGAAUGCAAGACCAAAGGCUAUCCUGCUGUACAGCCUUACAGCUCGGGCGUGCAAUUUGACGGGUUCCUUUGGAUACGGUUCGAUCUACUCCAUGACCUCCGCCUCAGACUCAAGCAAUCUUUACGACACGAUUAGAUCGCAACCCCCAACAGAUGUACUAGGUGGGAUUAUUCAGUCGAAUUCCACGGCGAAUGGACAGGGAAACCCUCCUUCCGGAGAUAACCCUGGUGGGGGGCCGGCCCCCACUACCGCAGUCGCAAUGAGCAUCCUCUACAGCAUUACUGGAGUCAUAACACUGCUGUUCCUCACAAUCAUUGCGACUGGAGCUAUCCGAGCUUAUAGGAAUCCAGAAAGAUAUGGCCCUCGUCCUGCUGGUGUUACGGGUCGACCACGGCAGAGCCGAGCCAAGGGACUUGCGCGGGCAAUGCUCGAGACCCUGCCAAUUGUUAAGUUUGGCGACCCCGAACCGCUUAAGCCAGGGAAUAGGGAUAUCGAACUCGAGGAUGGGAACGCGAGUGUCCACGCUCCUCCUGAGGUAGUCGCUGUGGCAGAAACCGGCGCGGAACCGAAGGAGCGUCCAACCGCAACGGAAGUGGAGUCUGGCUUGGGGCCACAAACAAAUGCCGCGUCGACUAAUAACGGUAAAGAGCCAGAUGCUGUACCACCAGUUGAGUUGGGCUGUUCCAUCUGUACAGAAGACUUCGUUGCAGGCGAAGAUGUUCGCGUGCUGCCCUGCAAUCACAAAUACCACCCUGCCUGUAUUGAUCCUUGGCUGUUGAACGUCUCUGGAACUUGUCCACUAUGUCGUCAUGAUCUCCGACCGCCUCAACCUGAAGGGGCUGAGGGAGCUGAGGAUGACGAGCUUCCACCUCCCCUCUUCCCCCACGAAGGUGCCGAUGAUGGCACUGAACAUCAUGGCGAGCACGAAGCAGACACGCACCAGCGACGGGGUGUUACACGGUUGUUCGACUUAGCCGGCCUUCGGCACGCACCACCCGAGGAGCGCAUCGCCGCACUUCGGCGUUUACGAGAACAAUCCCGGCGUGAGGGGAACGCCCAGGACAGCGAGGAGACACACAUGGGAGCACGGUUAACAGGACACUUGAGGGAUGUUCUUCGGAUUCGGACAAGACCGCAACACGACGCGGCUCCUGAAUAA